AUUUGUGUUUUUCUGAAAAAUUUAUACUCUUCCUGUAUUUGCUUGUGUUUUAAUUAUGCCCAAAUUAAGUGGAAAUUAUUAUAUUCUAAUAGAAAAUAGUGAAAAUUCUACUAAUAAUUCUGUUGAUGAUGUUUGUGCAACCAACAAGACAACAGUUCUAGUGUACAUUUUAAGCUUAUGUAAAAAAGUGCACAAUGUUAUAGUUUCACCUGUUGUUUCAGUUUCUUUGUGGUGUAUUAAAAAGGUCAUAAUAAUAUCACAAUUCCUGAGACAUGUGAGUAGAAGUAGAGAAAUUCAAGGGGAGAAAAAAGGAAAACCUUCCACUAGUAAAGAAUUAGAAGAGGAAGCUGCAGAGAACGUCAUACAGAAUAAAGAGUCAGUAUCAGAAAUAGCAGUAGAACCAGGAAAAAGUUAUUCCGAAGAAGAAAAUGAAAGUUCUAGUGACGAAUUUACGCAGUUAGAUGUUGAAGAUUUGUCCAGACCAGAUGAUACAACUGAUGAUAUCGAAAUCAUUUCUCCAGUUGUAGUUGAAUUGGCCUCAAACAAAAAAGCGGUUGAGAAUAUUCUUGCUGAAGAAGCUAAAGAUCUUUCUGAGAAUUUAGUUCCAAAACAAUUAGAGAAUAAACUGUCUGAUAGUAAAAUAUUUGUAAAUGAUGAUUUCAAGUAUUUUGGAGAUAACGAACAAAAUAAUUUGAAGCCUAUGAAUUUCCUUAGUAAACAAGAACAAGGUGCUUCUCCUUCUACAGAAGAUAUUAUUAAAAAUACUCUUAAUAAAUCUUCAUCAGGAAAAUCGAUAAUUGAACAUUUCCAACAAUCAAAAGCACAUACUCAACCUCCACUAAAUGAUGAUAGUUCACAAACAACUAAUGUGAAAGAAAUUAACAAGCUAUCAAAAGAAAUAACAGAACAAGUUGUCACUAAGGCUGUUUCCCUGGUUGAAGAAAACAUGGGGAUGAAGAGUCAAGUUCGAGUUUUAACUCUUAAUGAUAAAGAACAUCAAGAUUCAGUUUUGUAUAGAUUAGAAAAAAAUUGGACCUUACAGUUUCGAUUAGGACCCUCUUUACUUGGGAGAAAAAUAUUGUUAUAUUGUAAUUAUCCUGAAGAAGGAGCUGAAUUUAAAAGAAAUAGUUACCAACUGCUUCCAUGGUCUGAAGAUGAAGGAUGUGAACACUCUGAUGAUACAGCUUUGCAGAUUCAAAUUCAAGUGAAGAAGGCUGGAAGUUAUCAUUAUUAUUUUACAUAUGAAGAUAUAGAAAGUUCAACACCUCAAGGAUCUGGGUUUUUCAUUGUGGACCCCAUUUUAACAUAUGGAGACAAUGAAAUACUUCCUUUGGAUUGUAUACAGUGUCAGACAGUUUUAGCAAAAAGUUUAGGACCUUUUUCGACGUGGGAGAAUAAACUUAAAGUUGCAAAAGAAUCUGGAUAUAACAUGAUUCAUUUUACUCCAAUUCAGGCUCUUGGAGAUUCGAAUUCUAGUUACAGUUUAAAAGCCCAACUUCAAUUGAACCCUAUUUUUGACAAUAACAAGAAAACUACUUUUAAGGACAUAGAAACCUUUACCUCUAAACUUCGAAAAGAAUGGAAGAUGUUGUCUAUUUGCGAUAUUGUUUUAAAUCAUACGGCGAACGAAACUAAAUGGCUUGAGGAACAUCCAGAAACAACAUACAACUGUUCCAACUGCCCUUAUUUGAGACCUGCAUAUCUUUUAGAUGCUGCCCUGCACCAGUUUACUUUGGAUGUUCAAAAGGGCUUAUAUGAAAAUAGGGGAAUUCCAACUGAAAUUUAUAGUGAAGAUCACUUAAAUGCCGUUCGUCAUGCUUUAUAUACCAACGUUUUACCUCAAAUAAAUCUUCAAGAUUUGUACAUUUGUAAUGUAAACAAACUGGUGGCAGAAUUUUUGGAUUAUGCGCGCAACAAAGUUCCUCCCAUUAGUGAAACUAGAAAUCCUGUUGAAGAACUUAAACUAGUACAGGAUCCACUUUACAGGAGACUGGAGUCCACAGUAAGCAUGGAUACAGCUUUAAGAAUAUACAAUGUAUUUAGACAAGACUGUUUUGAUGAAGAUUGUAGAUUGAAAAAAUGCGGAGAAGAACUUAAAAACAAAUUAGAUCAGUUAAAUGCAGCUGUUAUAGGCGAAUUGAAUGAUCAUAUCAGCGCAGCUAUAGAAAACACGAUAGCUGGAAUGAGGUACUUUAGAGUGCAGUCUGAUGGACCCAAAAUUAGAGAUGUUUCAGAAAAAAAUCCACUGGCUUUUAGGUAUUUUACUGAUUUUGGGAAGCCAGCUUCCAUUAAAGAACACGAAGAAAUAAUGUACGGGACGAACUCCAAAUAUCUGAUGGCCCACAACGGUUGGGUUAUGGAUUCAGAGCCUCUACGAAAUUUUGCAGCCCCGGAUAGUAAUGUUUACAUUCGGAGAGAGUUAAUUGCAUGGGGAGAUAGUGUUAAAUUAAGAUAUGGAGAGAAACCUGAAGAUUGUCCUUUCCUCUGGAAUCAUAUGAAAGAAUAUGUAGAGUUGACGGCAAAAAUAUUCGAUGGAGUUCGACUUGAUAAUUGUCACUCUACUCCUAUUCCGAUUGCUGAAUACCUUUUGGACUGUGCUCGCAAAGUUAGACCAAACUUAUAUGUCGUGGCAGAACUAUUCACAAAUUCUGAUCAAAAAGACAAUAUUUUUGUUAACAGAUUGGGAAUUUCAUCUUUGAUAAGAGAAGCGAUGUCCGCUUGGGAUUCUCACGAAGAGGGUCGUCUGGUGUACAGAUAUGGGGGUUAUCCUGUUGGGGCUUUCAUACAGCCCCAUAUCAGACCCCUUGUGCCUGCUAUAGCCCACGCAUUGUUUCUUGACUUAACCCAUGAUAAUCCUAGUCCUGUUGAGAAAAGAUCUGUAUUUGAUUUAUUGCCUAGUACUGCUCUAGUCAACAUGGCUUGUUGUGCCAGUGGAUCUAAUAGAGGAUAUGACGAAUUAGUCCCUCAUCAUAUACAUGUUGUUGAUGAAGACAGACAGUACACGGAAUGGACUGAUGAUUCUAGUUUGACCUCUAAAGGUUCUCAAUACGUUUCGUCUUCCUCUGGACUUAUUGCUGUUAAAAGAAUAAUUCACGAUCUCCAUUACAAUUUAGGAAAAAAUGGAUACAAUCAGGUCUUUGUUGAUCAAAUGGACUCUGAUAUCGUAGCUGUUACCCGUCACAAUCCUUUGACUCAUGAAAGUGUUAUUUUGGUAGCUUUUACAGCAUUCGGACAUCCACCUUUAGACGCUGCUAAUUAUCAAAGGCAAAUAAAACCCCUUCGAGUUGAAGGAAUUUUAAAUGAAAUCAUACUGGAGGCAACACUAAAUCACAUUAGCGUCAAAUCGGGAGGAUCCAAAUAUACUAAGGAGGAAAACUUCGAAAAAGACCCGAAAUGCAUAAAUGGCUUAAGUAAUUAUUACGUUGACAUGCGUAGCCACAUAACUUUGCCCCAAUCGGAAUUUCUCCAAAGUGCAGACAGUGGAAAUCCAAAUAUUAUACAGCUGAACUUCAAAAAUUUCAAACCUGGAAGCAUCGUUGCUAUAAAGAUAUCCUUACAUGAAGAAGUUGCAGAAUCGGUAAAGAAAACGCGCAAUUUGUUGAAUUUCUUCUCAAAGGCCAAAGACAAUGAACUGAAACAGAUAAUUAGUAAGAUGAAUCUGAACGAUUUGAACAGAGCCCUUUAUCAUUGUGACCAAGAAGAGAAGGACGAAGGAAAUGGCUUUGGCGUAUACGAUAUUCCUGGAUUUGGUCCUAUGGUUUAUUGCGGAUUUCAAGGACUAAUAUCUUUAUUGUCGAAAAUAAGACCAUUUAACGACUUAGGUCAUCCAAUGUGUGGUAACCUUAGAGCCGGAAAUUGGAUGAUAGAUUAUGUGUGGCAAAGACUUAAGUUUGGCGAAGGCACAAACGAAUUAGGUGUUUGGAUUCAAGAAAAUAUUAAACCCUUGAAAGACAUCCCUCGCUAUCUAAUACCCUGUUAUUUUGAUGCCUUUGUAACCGGACUUUACAUGCUCCUUCUGGACCAGUCAUUCACUUUAAUGUCAAAUUUUAUUACAUAUGGAUCUACAUUCGUAAAAGGUCUUGCAUUGGGCUCUGUACAAUGCGUAUCUUACUGUAAAUCAGCCAAUUUGCCCCCGUUUUCUCCUAAUCUAAGUCCACCCUUGCCCCCAAAAAUAAGAACCAAUGAAGGGAAGGAAGUUCAAGCCUGUACUACUUUAGCUGCAGGAUUACCUCAUUUCUCCACUGGUUACAUGAGGAGUUGGGGCCGGGACACUUUUAUUGCUUUGCGAGGUCUCUUACUUUUAACUGGUCGUCAUGAAGAAGCUCGUUUUCAUAUCUUGGGCUAUGCAGCUUGUUUGAGACAUGGUCUCAUACCGAAUUUAUUGGACAGUGGAAAUCCUAGAUACAACUGUCGAGACGCCGUUUGGUGGUGGUUGCAUUGUAUCAAGUCUUACGUGGAGGAGGUUUCAAAUGGGGUGGAAAUUCUUUCAGACACCGUUUCGCGUCUUUUUCCUACAGACAGUUCGGCCCGACAGGAACCAGGAGUCGCAGAUCAGCCACUUCAUGUCGUGAUGCAGGAGGCCCUUAAGGUCCAUUUCCAGGGUCUCGUUUUUCGAGAACGGAACGCAGGAAGGCAAAUUGACGCGCAUAUGAGUGACAGAGGAUUUAACAACCAAAUCGGUGUUCAUCCAGAAACAGGUUUUGUAUUUGGUGGUAACGAAUCGAAUUGUGGAACAUGGAUGGAUAAAAUGGGGUCGUCAGAUAAAGCAGGUAAUCGUGGUAAACCAGCGACGCCAAGAGAUGGUUCAGCUGUGGAGUUAGUAGGUCUUUCUAAGUCGGUUGUGACGUGGUUGGACAAGCUUUAUCACGCUAAGAAGUAUCCUUACGAUGGCGUAGAGAGAAUUCACAAGAAUGGUAAUGUAACGAAAUGGACGUUCAGACAAUGGGCUGAUAAAAUACAGACGAACUUUGAAAAAUAUUUCUGGGUGAAUAUGUCGCCUGUUGCGGGAGAAAAUCGGCCGGAUUUGAUUAACAAAAGGGGGAUCUAUAAAGAUUCUCAUGGAGCCAGCCAAGAAUACGCAGACUUCCAGUUAAGAUGCAAUUUUCCAAUUACCAUGGUUGUGGCACCUGAAUUAUUUGACUCAAAACGUGCUUGGACUGCACUUCAAAAAGUGGAAAAAUAUUUGCUGGGUCCCCUGGGCUUGAAAACAUUAGAUCCUGAAGACUGGAGUUACAAUGGGAUCUACGACAACUCUAACGACUCUGAAGAUUACAACACAGCCCAUGGCUUUAAUUACCAUCAAGGGCCUGAAUGGGUUUGGCCCAUGGGAUUCUAUUUAAGAGCUAAAUUGCACUUCGCCGCUGAAAAUGGCGAUCUUAGGCGUACCAUUGCGAAUACUAAAGUGGUUUUGUCCCGACAUUUUACGGAACUGCAGACAUCUGUAUGGAGAGGACUUUCGGAAUUAACGAAUGCAAAUGGCACAUUCUGUCAUGGCAGUUGUGCCACCCAAGCGUGGAGUAUGGCCUGCAUUUUGGAGGUGAGUCUUUGAAAAAUACUUUUAAAAAUGGUAAAGGUUUUCUUGACGUAAUUAAGGAGGGACCGAAGGUACUUAUACUAAUUUCAACAGUUACCCAUUUCAUCGUUUUUAAAAACACGUAAUUAUAGUGUAAUUUUUUUUUAAGAAAAUGUACAUUCAUUAACGAACAAUUGAAAUUUUCUUUUAUCAUCAGUCUACAUUUUAUGAAACUUUA